GCGGUCACACUGAAGCGAAAGGAAAACAAAAGCAAAAGCAAAUCAAAAGGCGCACGCGGCAAAAUGUAAAAACUUGCUUAUUGGUUUAUUUUUAACGGUUGCCGUCAUCACAGUCGCAUUUUAGCCGAUUGCUCGCGCGUUCCGUUUGCGUGUGUUAAUUAAAUUUAUUUCAGCCAUUUGCCAAUUGCUGCGUAUAUUCGGUAGUAAUUAACUGCGAGCCUACAAAAAUCCAUACACAAAACGCGCCUGCAGUCGGCCGCACAAUUUCGUACAGUUGAGACGCAGAGACGCGCGGUUUUUUCGAUUUUAUUUGGGGAUUUUCCACUGCAACCGCGAUGGUUUUGACGAAUUUCGAGUGCUGGGCACAUGGCGAUCCUCCGUCAGCCGCCAGUUUCGAAACGGGAACACUGCGUCCUUCGAUGGAUCCGUUUAACCCACGUGCCGUCAAUUUCAUGACCGAUGCAAAUAAUAACAACAACAAUAACAAUGAGAUGCAGUCAAUGCCGGAAGUCCUGCCCCUGGAAGUCCUGCGUUGCAAGAAGCGCAUGAAUCCUGGUCGAGUUCCCGGUGAGGAUGUAGAUGUGGACCAACCGGUGUACACCAAAAGGUGCCGCUACGAUGAAGCCGAUUUGGCCGCCCAGUAUUGCAAUGAUUUCUUUUCACUGCCUGCCACUCAAGUAAUUGGAACACAGGCCUGUUUGAUGGAUUACGAGAUGCAGGCCACCGGCGGCAUGAUGAUGGAAUCAGAGACGAGUUUUCCAGCGCAGCAGCAACAUCAUCAGCAACAACAGCAGCAGCAACCACCGCAGCAGCAUCAACAUCAGCGGAUUCAUCAGCAUUAUCAAGAAUCCGCAGAGCAGCGAAUGCGACCACCGCAGCAAAAGUCAAGAAAAUGUAUAGAACCUUUUGAGAAAAUCAGAAUAAAAUCCAUAGGCAGCGAAGCCGAGGCGGACUUGUAUAUAGCCACACAUGGCGGUUGUCUGCAUCACUUCCGCAAGCUCAGCGGAUCGGAGCAAGAGGAGUCUGAUAUCUGACCAAUAGCCCAUAAUGCUAUAUAGCCUCCAACUAACUCCAAACGAGCAUUGUAAAUCCUAACCUAAGUAGUAAUAUAAGCUGUCGCAAUUCGCAACUUGAAGGUGCUUAGUAUUAGUACUCGAAAUCUAAUAAACCAAAAGCUUACAUUGCGAAGCUCAAUUCA